AUGGCAGAGGAGGACGAGGAUCCUUUGACUCCCCCUGACCCCGAGCAAGGCCCCAGCAAGCUCGACAAGGUGCUGAUGCAGUAUGUCAAGGAAAAAGACGAGCAAGAUUGCUCAUGGGAAGAAGGUUUGGAUAUGAAGUCGCAAGGGAAAGAAGAUUCGGCUUCCGAGGAGGGCCAUGCUGCCGGCACAGUACAAGAUGUGCGCAGAAAACGAUCGAAAAGAAAGAAACGGAAGGCCUCGACGUCGAUUGACAAAAGCAAAGGCCUCGACCUUUUUGCAGACAGCUUUGCCAACGACGCCAAAUCUGCAGUGCGGACUUUUCUCACCAGAUACGUUGCAAGACAGCUGACCCGAGAAGAUUACUGGUGUGAGUGUCAGGAAGUGGAGGCUGGCAAGUUCAUUGCAAAGCUACAUGCACCUUGCUAUCGUGAGCGGGUCACCUAUGAUGGCAACAUAUGUGACUCGCAGAAAGAAGCUGAGAAGUCGGCUGCAGAGACGUUUCGGAACGAUACGGAAGCGCAGGAAUCAGCUGCUGCAUUGCCGGCGUCAUUGAGUAGCAUUCGGUAUGCGACCAAAGCAGACAAGGCCAAGAUGUCCAUCCUUCGCACUCAUGGGCGAUUCCUUCGUGACGAAAGCUGGCACCUGUACAAUCUUCAGAGGGACGAAGGCUGCAAAAUGCAGGUCUGGGACGGUGCAUGA